UGAAAUUAUACCGCCAGCAUCACAGCCCAAUUUGCUGUCGCCUUCGAGUCUACCUGUGAAUUUCUGCAUUAAAAAUACCCAAACUCGAAAAGCAGUUCACGUCUAGUUUGGCCAAAUCCUCUUACCAAGGUCAACAAUACAAGAACAAACCCUUCAAAAAACGUCACCGCCCCUCCCGCAAAAGAAUUAUGACACGAUAGCCACCCUCAAAGAGCAUGAUACAUGCGCCAAAGCCUUCUUUGAACAACACAGCAGCGAGUUCAACAACCGUCUGCUAACACACUAUUUGCUCUCGAUCUGCCACACUUCUAGAGUGGGCCGUCAUGGACACUCAGGUCGAAAAUGCCAUUGAGAUAGCAUGGAAUCCCGCCUCUGACCAAGCCCUCAAAGCGCAAGCCUUUGACUUCCUCAACCAGCUUCGAACGGACGCCUCUGGUCGUCAAGCAUGCGUUACCCUCUUCACUCGAAACCCAAAAUGCUCAGAGGUCGUUCGUCUCGUCUCCCUGGAUGUCGUCAACAAUGCUAUACAAACGCAGCAGCUUGAUGCUCAGAGCUUGAGCUACAUCAAGGAGACUCUAUUCGAAUAUGUGCGGCGGACAUAUGGUUCUGGAAGCCAGGACCAGGUCGACCCCGCCAGUUUGCAGAACAAGCUUACGCAGACUCUGACUUUCUUGUUUAUGGCUCUGUACAAGCAAGGAUGGGAGAGCUUCAUGGACGAUUUCCUCAGCCUGACGAGCCUGCAGAAUAAUGGAUCAAGGGACAAUAUUGUGGGCACGGUUCUGUACCUUCGAAUCCUUGGGUCGAUUCAUGAUGAGAUUGCCGACGUUAUUAUAUCUCGUUCGACUGUCGAGACGAAGCGGAAUACCGAGUUGAAGGAUAUUAUGAGAGCUCGGGAUGUUGACAAGGUGGCGGCUUCCUGGGAGGAAAUCUUGAGUCAGUGGAGAGGUCAAAAUGAUGCUGUGGUGGAAAUGUGUCUCAAGGUCAUUGGAAAAUGGGUUAGCUGGAUCGACAUCUCUUUGAUCGUCCACCGUGGUACUCUGAACAUUCUCUUCGGUUUGGCUGGCAGGGUCAACCCCUCAAAUGGAGAGGACAAAGUUCGAGACGCAGCUAUUGACACCUUUACCGAGAUCGUCGCCAAGAAGAUGAAGCCCGCCGACAAGAUUGGAAUGAUUGUCUUUUUGAACCUUGGAGAAGUCGUCUCUCAACUUAUUGCAAGUCCAGCCUUGCACGAUUUGCGGACCACGUCCAGCUAUGACACUGAUCUAGCAGAAGCUGUUGCGAAGCUUGUCAACAAUGUAGUGUUUGACAUUGUGAAAGUUCUGGAAGAUACACAGGCCGAAACUGCUACGCGAGCACAAGCAGAACAGCUCAUCCAGUCCUUUCUACCGCUCUUGUUACGCUUCUUCUCAGACGAGUAUGAUGAGAUAUGCUCGACAGUCAUCCCAUCUCUUACCGACCUCCUUACAUUUUUGCGGAAAGCUCAACCACUCCCACCAGUAUAUUCCGCCAUGUUGCCACCAGUUCUUAAUGCCAUAAUCCAGAAGAUGAAAUACGACGAGACCUCUUCUUGGGGUAAUGAAGAUGAGCAAACAGACGAAGCGGAAUUUCAAGAGUUGCGAAAGAGACUGCAGGUUUUACAGAAGAGUGUGGCUGCCGUCGACGAAGCCCUAUAUGUUGAGAUCCUCAGCAAUGUUGUCGGAACGACGUUCCAGAAUCUGGAGCAGCAAGGCGGCCAAAUGGAUUGGCGUGAUCUUGACUUGGCACUUCAUGAGAUGUACCUCUUUGGAGAAUUGACCGUCCCUAAUGGUGGUUUGUACGCAAAGAGCCAGCCAUCUAGUGUUGCAGCUGAGCGUCUGAUCAUCAUGAUGUCGACAAUGGUCAAGUCUGGUAUUGCAACAUUCUCACAUCCUGCAAUCCAAUUGCAAUAUAUGGAGAUCGUUGUUCGAUAUUGCUCGUUCUUCGAAAACCAAGUCAAUUUCAUCGAGCCUGUCCUGGAACAAUUCGUUCGCCUUGUUCAUCACUCACAUAUCAGAGUCAAGACUCGUUCGUGGUACCUAUUCCAUAGAUUUGUCAAGCACCUCCGGGCACAUGUUGGAAAUGUUGCGGCGACUGUCAUCCAGUCCAUUAGUGAUCUCCUGCCUAUCAAAGCAGAAGUUCCUUCAAACGAGACUGCGGACGAUGAUAUGUCUUCUGAUGAGAGCGAUCACUCUGCUGAUGCUGCCUUCAACGGACAGUUGUACCUUUUCGAAGCAAUCGGUUGCAUCUCCUCAACAACUACCACUCCUGUUGAGAAGCAAAUCUUGUAUGCGCGUACUAUCAUGGAUCCACUAUUCUCAGAUAUAGAGAGAAAUUUGGAACCAGCAAAGGCUGGUGACGCUCAAGCUAUCCUCCAAAUCCAUCACGUUAUCAUGGCUCUCGGGACCUUGGCUCAUGGAUUCUCUGACUGGACACCUGGCAGCACAUCGUCGGCUCAGAAUGCACCAAAACCAGAGGUCUCUGCAGAAUUUAGCCGUGCUGCAGAAGCCAUUCUGAUCGCCCUUGAAGCUCUUAAGAGCUCCUUCGAUGUCCGCACAGCAGCGAGAGCUUCUUUCUCCAGACUUAUGGGUGUCUUGGGAGUGGGACUAUUACCUUUCCUUCCUCGCUACAUCGACGGUCUACUUUCUGAAAGCUCUUCAAAGGAUGAGAUGGCUAUGUUCUUGCGUUUACUGGAUCAAGUUGUCUUCGGGUUCAAGAAGGAGAUCUUUAAUGUGCUUGACUCACUUCUGACUCCUCUCUUGCAAAGAGUAUUUGCUGGUCUAGCUGAGCCGAUCACUGGAACCGACGACGAAGUCCAACUCGCUGAACUUCGUCGUGAGUAUCUGACUUUUGUUCAGAUUAUUCUCAAUAACGAACUUGGAGCAGUUCUCGUCAGUGCUUCCAAUCAAGUAUUCUUUGAAUCCUUGGUAGCGUCUGUUACCGGCUUGGCCGAGACUGUAACCAGCGGAACUGGCAAUCUUGCUGCUAGUAGAUUGGCUUUCUCUGUCAUCACACGCAUGGCAGACCUUUGGGGAGGCCCCAACAUAGCUAAUGUCGGACCUCAAGCAACUAGUUCUACCAUUCCGCCAACUCCAGCAUUCGAUGGAUUCGAUCGAUUUCUCAUUGAGCGAUUCCACCCCAUUUGCUGGGUCGUUCUUCGCGAGCCAGCUUUCCGCCCAGCGACUGAUGCCCAAGCCAAGCAAGUUCUCAAUGAGAUCGCAGGCUUAGAGCAGAUGAUCUACAUGAAGACGGGCCAAAUGUUCCUCGACCACCUUCAGCAGUCCUUCUUCCCAGCCAUGGGUUUCAACGGAACCGAUUUUAUCAAAUCGAUGACCACCUCCGCUGAUCGGAAGGGACUUGCAGGAUAUCUCCAAGGUUUCCUCCGUCAAAGAGGUUAAGAGGUGGCAACGGGGGCUAGAAAGCACGACGAAAGCAAAAUAGAUAUGAGAUGAUAUGUGCAUUUGGAGGCGUUCAAUCGGUCUUAUACCACAAAUAUGUUGUGAAUGGAUGGAUGGAUAGGCAUUCUGCUGCCAUUGGAGAUAUGGCUUUAGCGUUUCAAACUCUACUACUUCUACUUUUCAAACUUGCAGGGGUUGGAAUGGAUGGGUUUCACAGGCGACUUUAGAGACGAUUUGGGCCGCAGCAUCCAAUAUGAGAACUGAUUUCCAA